UGCUAAUUUAUUUUGUGCAUCGCAAAACUGAAGUUGUGCUCUCGAUGGUAUUCACAGUCUCGGUAGGCACAUAGAACACAUACAAGACCUCUGUCGACGAGGGAAAUAUACUCUAUCAACUUCAUCUGAUUUUUCCUUAUGAGCUAAUCCUGGUGAUCCAAACUUAGUAUUGGCACCAAGAAAUCAUGGAAUUGACGUCGAAAAGCAGUCGGAAGGCAGCCGGGCGCACACGGCUAGUAGUGGGCGUGUGUCUCGCGGGGUUCUUCUCGUUUUUCGGCUCACCAACCUACCGGUUGCGAGACCUCGGCUUCAGCUACGAGCACCACGCACUUCUCUACGGCUUGACGCAUGUGGUCGCCAUGGGUGUGUAUCUGGGUAUUUUUCUUUUCCUACUGAAAAAACUCACACUGUUGGAACCCCCUUCCGGUCUGAGCGUUUUGUCCUCCGGCACGAAUAAAACGAGCAACACGACUAACAGCACUGCAGCUAAGACUAACAACACCUGUACAACACGACGCAACGGAGGCAAAACCCACUUUGUCGCCUCACUUCGCGUCUACCCAGUGAAGAGCUGUGCGGGCGUCGAGGUGGCGACUGCGCGCGUCUUCCCCCGGGGUUUGGAGUUUGAUCGCGAAUUCUGCGUGAUGCGGCCGGAGCUUCACCGCGAGAAAGACGUGAGCUCCCCAGAAAACCAAGCACUCACGCAAGCCGAAGUCCUCACUGUGCGCGAGAACCCGCUCCUACUACGGAUCCAGCCGACGUUGCCAGACUACGCGAAAAGCGAAAUAACGUUGCGCUUCUUCGAUACCGACGGGGAAACGGAGAUUAGCAAGAUCACAGUUGCUAUUCGCGAACAAAUGUCUACGUCAACUGACAACACACAAGGCAGCGCAACAAGCCCAUUUUCAACAGCGUCAAACAAAAUGCUCUUGUGGGAUACCAUUUGCGGUGGCACUGAUCAGGGCGACGCAGUCGCAAAUUGGCUUGAGAAGCACCUCCAGCAACCGGGGUUACGGUUGGUCAAAUUUCACGAGCGCGACGGCCGCACGUCCCGUAAGUGGGAGCCGCCUCGGUGGAUGCCACCGCCGCGCUUCGCGGACGGCAUGCCGAUUUUGCUUUCCUCCCUCGCGACCGUGCAGGGCAUCGCGGCGACCUGCGGAAAGAAGACGCGCUCGUGUGACGAAAUUAUCCGCCGCUACCGGUUUAACGUCGUUCUCGGUGACGAGAAGAACCUGACCAGUGAAGAAGGUUCUUCUACUUCAGCAGAUAAUUUUGAUGCAGACCACUCUUUUUCCGAAGACGCCUGGACGACCGUCAACUUGGCCGGCAGUAAACUCAAGCUCAACGCGUUGAAGCCCUGCUCCCGGUGUUCCGUACCGCUGCACAAUCCUGCGACAGCGGCAAAUGACGGAGCGGACCUCAGCAAAGCGUUGAAGCAGAAACACAAGCGCUCCUGUGCGGACCUAAUGCAGUACAAGCACGAUAGUAGUGCACCUGCGAACUUUUUCAGUGCUUUUUUGUCGGUCUUCCGAACCGCCUUCGCGAACUCAAGGCAGUCUUCCCUCCGAAGCCAGCUCGAGAAUCGGCAAACCCAAGCCAAAUUUCCCCUGGACCUUUCUCUGGAGCAGUGCAGGGAAGAGAUAGAUCCAAUCUUUGAUUUCCCACAGUCGAAAAGCCGCGAGAUUAUCAAGGACUGCGACAAUCUUGGCAAGCACCGCAUGGAACUCCACGAUGAGAAACGGCGCAAUAAAACCAUACCCUACAACCCGGACUUCACGCGGCACUACGAGUUGUGCUACGAGGCGGACCGGAUGAAAAACGCUGGAACAUUGUAUGUGGGCAACAACAUGGGCAUAGAAUUCGUGGAACGAGAAGGACAAAACACGCAAGGAGCUUCUCGUGAAGAUUCACAAGUAGACUACGAAUGGAUUCACGUUGGCCAGAAUGCGGAAGUGCUGUACUGAUGUAUGAGCGCAUGUGAACAUUGUAUACGUAUAUCCGCAACUUGCACUUUAGCACGUUUCCGUGCGUCGCUUCUGUGUAUUUCAGGUGAUGCUGUUGCUGCAUGAUAAACCUGUGCGCCGUUGCUUGUUUCUCAGAGCAAGAGCAAUCGUGUUCUCUAGUGUCAAAGUUGAACAAAUUUUUGAAACACAAGAUAAUUCUUGUCGGUCUUCGUUCUGUGCACACCGCUGCAAAAAAACAUCGGUUGUGCUCCUCGUACUGUAAUCGUGUUGAAUUCUUCGUUCUUUCGGUUUCGUUCCUCUUCGUGAUAACUAGCAAUUCGUAAAACGUCUUCGUUCACUACUGGUGGUACUUUCUCGGCUAUCCUUCCAACUAUGUGCUUCAUUGAGUAAUAAAUCAUCGUAUUAAUUAAGUGCCCUUGGACAAAAUCAACAGCUACCCUCCACCCACCGCCACUCUUCAUCAUCUACC